UGGACUGCAGAUAUGAGUCAUCAUUCAAAAUGGCAUCAUAAUGUGAACUUACUCCGUUAAUGAGACAUUAUUUUGAUAGUUCAAAGGUAAUCUUGUUAGCGGGGUACCGCUAUAUUAAAAAACCCAUUUUGCUAUACCAAUGCUGCAGUUUAUUUCGUUGUGUGGACCGAACAUUUUGCGACACGUCAUCAGUUUUUUCACUUUUAUCACUGUUUGGACAAAAGGAUGCCAAUUGUUACCCCAGCUGUUUAGACAACAGAGGCGAUCAACUGAUCUUACUAAUUUCAAUUUAAUGAUUUUUGGGGUUUUCCUCUUCCCUAUCGACUCAAAGCGAAGUAUUACUGGAAAUCAUUCUCUUGAUAUUAGAAGUUCAUCUCAAUAAAGGUUGUACAAUAUCUAAGACAUAGAAAUUAUUUUCCGUAAUUAUACUGAGAAACACGACAUAUCGAGUGGAAACUUGGGAGAACAAGAAAUGCUGUGACAACACGAGCAGUAGUUUCUGUUUCGAAUUCUUCGAAACGUUUACGAGAGUUUCUAUACGUCAAUAAAAACCCGGAAAUGUUUUUCUAUUUCCUGGGAGAAAGAGAGUUUCUAUCGAGUUAUAGCAGCACGACUUUCAGUGCGCGUUCUAUUACAGUUCCAUCUAUAGUUAUUACUUAUAUGUGAUUUUCCUUGCAAACUGAAGAAUCGUAAUUACUUUAAAAAAAGGUUUAAGCGGAUUACACUGGAAAAGUAACUACUUCAAUGCUUUAAUACGAUAGCUACUCUUUGGAUACGUUAAGACACUUUUUGCCCGCUGAGCAAACAUCGUAUUUUUAUCGAGAUUACAAAACCACUUUCCCAUAGUACCCUGUCAGACAUGACUUAAGAACUUAUUUGUGAAUGUUUUGAAAAGGAAAAGUAAUUUGCGUAAUCUGUCUUUUGUUUGUUUAUCUUCACCUUCACGUGACUGCACGUGACUACAGGUGUAAAGAGCUCGGUUUCUCUUUUGAUAAGUUGCUGUUCAGAGGGUUGUUAAUCAUUUUGCGGUUAUUGCACUGAGAAAGAGUUGCGUUUGAUCCCGAUCCUCCAAAAUGAACCGCUGCUAUCUCCUGUUUGCUUUCCUGUCCUGUGUCCUUGGAGAAAGCAUUGGUAAAGAUUUAAAUCCUUUUAUCAGUAAAAAGGACUUAGGUAACGUUUGCCAAGACAUGUGGAAUUCAGCUGGAAACAAUCUCAAAAUUGGGAAAGAAAUAAUCAUUAAUUCCGGAACGAGGUCGAAACCACUGAUUACCUUGACACAGCAAGGAAAAGCGAAGGUGCGAAGAGAUGUUUUCGUCAAAUUCAAAGCCCUGUUAGACAACUACGAGGCAGACGAAAAUAAACCCGAGAAGUCUUCUGCUAAAGAACAACUGGAAGAGGAUGUUUUUGUCAACGCCAUAGCUGUAAAUGGAGGACCAAUACACAUCGCUUUCAAAUAUCUCCAAAAUAAAGGCAAAGUUUCCAGCGGGCGCCUAGAUCAAUUCAAGCCUGUCCUAAAGAAGUUAUGGUUCGAGAAAUACGCUAAGAGAGGUCGAUAUCCAACGUCAUCUGGUUUUGAACACACAUUUGUCGGAGAGCUGGGUUACAGUAGGUACAGCAAGUCGAAAGUCACAAAAGGACUUCACAACUGGCUCCAGUUCCUUUCCGAAAGAACAGCUGGUCGGCUGACGUAUCUUCCUCCGCCUGUUGUGAAAGAUGUUUUCAGGGAGCCUGCCUUAAUCAGGGCCAAGUUUCAGUGGCAAAGAACUAACAAGGGUCAGGGCAGCAGCUUCUUUGUAGGAACAAGUCCAGAUUUCGAAAUGGCCUUGUACACAGUGUGCUUCUUUGAAGCGUCGUACUGCACGUGCAACAUCAAUGGAAAGCGCUUGAGCAUAACAACCAUCAACUUUAACAACAAAGGAAACGUUCUCACAGCAUACCCAAGAGUUUGAAUUACUCUGAACAAGACUGGGUACUCUAGUGUGAUCUGUUAUCGGUUUCUGACCUGUUAGCAAGUAAAUUGUGAAUAAAAAUGCCCAAAUAGGGAA